AUGUUAUUCAGCAGAACAUUUUUCUUUCAUAUUUCAAUUAUUUUUUAUUAGACAAUAGGUUUUUCAAAAUAAAUUCUUAAAAACUUAUGGCCGGUAUUAAGGAAUAUUCCGAUCUUAUGUAUAGCGUAGAUGACCCAAGUCGAGGCUUCGAUCAACCCGAUCAAAUUCCUCACAAUUUACAAUACAGUACAACAUAUCGCAAUGACCAAACAUUGUCAUCGUCUAAGCCUGGGGACCCAAAUUAUCGUUAUGUCAGUUCUGAAAGAGAUUUGUCGUUACCUUUACAAAAGCAUAAAAAUAUUCAGCAGUAUUAUGAAAGUCCAGAAGAUGAAAUUUCGGUGCGCAAAUACUUAGGGAGUAGCGUCGGUUUGGUAAGUUUGAUAACAGAAAAUCUCUUGAGCCAUCCAUUCGUAGUUCUAAGACGACAAUGUCAAGUUCAUCAUAAUUCAACUAGAUAUCAUUUGCAACCUUUUACUUUAGUACCGGCAAUAAUACAUUUACAUCAAAGACAAGGUGUUACCACUUUAUGGAAAGGUCUUGGAAGUUGCCUUUUGGUUAGAGGAAUGUCAUUAGCUGUGGAGGACGUAAUUUCUAAAAUUACUCCGUGGCCAAACCAAUGGCCCUCUCAGACAUCAUCUCUUGAUUAUGAAACAAGUUGGGAUGUAAAUAAUCGAACGUCAAUGAAAAAGUUUGGUCAACACAUUUUAUUGAAGUGCGUAAGUAUUGCAGUGGUGAUGCCAUUUUACUCAGCCUCUUUGGUAGAAACUGUACAAAGUGAUAUAGCUAGUGAGAAACCUGGUAUGUUUGAUGUGUUUCGCGAAGGAGCUGCUCGUUUAGCGUCUUGGAGUGUACCACAACGUGGAAGAAUGUUACCGUGUUGGGCUUUAGUGGGUCCCACUGUUGGAUUAGGCAUAACAAAAUAUUUAUUUGGAUUAAUUAUUAAAGGAAUUUCUUCUCGAAUUAUGAGGCGCCGUUUAAACGCCGUACAAGAACAAAAAGGGGCUAAGUUUAGAGAUGAAUCACUUUAUAAUCAAAAUGUAGAAAUUUAUUCAACAUUAAUAUCUGUGGUUACAAGUGAAAUCAUAUUCUAUCCUUUUGAAACCAUACUUCAUAGAUUACAGUUACAAGGAACUCGAACUAUAGUUGAUAAUUUAGAUAAUGGUUACGCUGUAGUUCCUAUUUUAACGAACUAUGAAGGUGCUAUUGAUUGUUAUCGUACAACAAUUUCCACUGAAGGUAUAUCUGGCUUAUAUAAAGGAUUUGGUGCUUUAUUACUUCAAUUUGCUGCUCACGUUGCUGUUAUUAAAUUUACCAAAUGGGUUGUUACCCAAGUAACAGAAGUUAUGUACAAUAAACCUCCAACAAAAGUCGUUGAAUAUUAUAAUUUAGACCAAUUAAACUCAUGUGAAUCAACAUUGUCCCGUAGUUUAAGCUCUUUGAGCAAUGUUGAUGUUAGUGUAGAUAUAGCUGAAUAGUUGAAAUUUUAAAUUAAAAUUCAUAAAAAUUGAUGAGUUGUUUAAUACUUCUUUAGUAAAAUUAAUUUAAAUUAAAAUAUUUCUUCAAAAUUGAGUGAUUUGUACAUAUUUUUUGUUUUAAGUCGAUCGACAGAUCUACAAAAGAUCUACUUUAGUAUUACCAAAUAAAACAUACUCUAAAAACUGAUGCAAAGAUAA